UUCGCUUAUUCCUACAAGAACCAUUUUAUUGAUGAGCUUCUUUUAUUCGUUCCAUUUUUUUUAUAAGAAAUCAAUCGCGGGAAAAUCGCUGAAGAAAAAAUAACUUUUGUGCAAAAAUGUUAGUUUCUGUGCUUUUAGAUAAUAGUAAAAUCGCUUGAAAGUAGCCCUUAUUGUUUGUGAAACUAAAAACAUCAAAGAUACAAGCAAAAUAUACUGAAUAAAAAAAGUGUGUGAAAAAGCUGCAACACGAGGGACUUAAAAUUUGCAUAAUUAUAUUGUGUAUUAACUUGGACAGAAUAUCCUUUUAUUAGCCAAUUAUCAUAAACUGUUUGAUGCCAAAGCAUAAGAGGCGAUAUGGAUUUAGUAAAUUUGGAAAAAUUGAAAGUGGUCGAUUUGAGGAAUGAAUUACAGACGCGUGGUUUAGAUACAAAAGGUGUCAAAGCAGUGUUAAUUGAACGUUUGCGUUCCCAUUUGGAAAGCGGUGGUGUACUAUGUUCACCUGCACAUGGGACACCUAGUCGUCGUAGUCGUCGUACCAGAUCAAUGACACGUUCGCCGUCUCCUUCUCCUGUAAAAAAGGCUCCGGAACCGCCUAUUUUAGAAACUUUGCAAGAAGAAACUAGCAAUUCAAAUAACUUGGAAGAAAAUAAAGAAGAAGUAAUUGCAGAUGCAAAACAUACUCCAAAUGAGGACACAAAAAGCGUAGAUUUAGUUGUUGCGAUUGAAAGUGAAAUAGAUAAUGACCAGGCGUCAGAAAAAGAUAUAAUUUCUGUAAAAGAACAUGAGUUGCACUCAGAAAUUGAAAAUGUAACAGAUAAAUGUAAAGAUGUUUCAAUUGCAGAAAAAGAACAUGCAAGUCUUCAGAAUGAGCAAGAAGAAAUAUCGAUUGAAUAUAUGGAACAGAUUGAAGAAGUAGUAGUAGAAGAAAGAGGAUCUCCAAAACACCAGAAUGUGGAGGAGGAUAUUCUGAUUGAAAGCAUGCACGAGGUUGAGGAAGAUUUACUGGAAGAUUCUCCAAAAUAUCAGAAUGAGGGGGAUGAUAUACUGGUUGAAAAUUUGGAAGAAAAUGACAAUUACGAAGAUGCUCGGCAAAAUGAUAAGCAAAAAUUAAUUCGUGAAUCGGUUGAACUAGACACUGCUAACGCAAUUUCUCAGGAAAAUGAAGUAGAAAAUAAAAUAGUGAGCGUAGAGACGAAAGCAAAUGCCAUUUCUGCACCCAUUCAGCAAGAGACAGCAGAAUUGAAUUUAGCUUCUGAGCCGGUUAAGUCAAAAUCUCGUUCUCGUAGCAAUUCUGAGCAGGGCGAGCGCUACCGUUCUCUCUCACGUUCACUUUCUCGUUCAUCACAUAGGCGCUCACGUUCGCCUAAACACUGCAGUGGCGGCAGUCUUAACAGCCCUUUGAAAACUGUAGAAGACGCCAAUUCGCCCGAAGAUGAACCUACAAUCGAAGAUAGUCAGUUCGGUUUAAGUUGGUUCGAUUCGGAUCUACACUUGCGCAUUGAUCCCGUGACUUUUACCUCUGCUAGGCCUAUUAACCAUGAUCUGUAUGCCUUGGUGUGGUCAAGCGUUCGUGCUAAUUAUGGUGUACGGGAAGGCAAAGUGUGCUAUGAAGUACGGAUAGCCGAAGAAGUCUACGUGGGUAGCUCACAUGAGUUUCGCGAUGAACCAUACAUUCGCGGUUUUCGCGUAGGUUUUUCUUUGCCUUCAACUACGCUGUUAUUGGGAGAAGCUGAACAUUCAUUUGCCUACUGUGAGAGUGGACGCAAAGCCACAAAUAAUAAUUUUGUUGAAUAUUCCAAAGCGUACCAGCUUGACGAUGUUAUAGGAUGCUAUUUGGAUUUAGAAAGUACACCCUGUACCAUUAAGUACACUCUAAACGGUGAAGAUUUGGGCGUAGCUUUCGAGUUUGAUAAAAAUAUAUUAGGAGAAAAUGAUGCUUUAUUCCCUCAUGUUCAAACUAAGGGCUAUGAAUAUCAAGUGAAUUUCGCGGACAAUGACAAUCUGUUAGUAAAUGCAAAACGCCAUAUACGCAAAAAGCGCAAAACAAAAAAGGACUGUAAAAAAGAAAAUGAUACGGCAGAAAAGAAGUCGUCGAAUGAAGAAAAAAGUGAAAAAAAUGCCAAGGAAGCACAGGAUGAUAUAGAGAAUAGAAAAACAAAGCAGGCGGAAAUAACCCACGAAAAAGAACUUAAAGGGGGUGUGCAAGAAAUACCUAGUGACGCGGAGCAAAUAGAUUCCGAAAAACAAGAAGGGGAGGCAGAGCAAUUGAGCAAAGAAAAGGAAGAAACAUCUCCAGACAUGAAAGAAACGAAGCAAAAAAGAACUUCUACCGAAGAUGAUUGCAGUAAACGGAUUGAUGCAAAAUCUUGUAAAGAAGAUACGAUUGGCCCUUCGCCCAGUAAAAGGCAAAAGUUGCAAUCAUCGACGGUCAACUCUGAAGACGAAUAUGAAGAAGUGCAUCCUCUGCCCCGCAAGCAAAUGUCUUUAUUACCCGACUACGAAUUGAUUGCUCUAAUACCCGAGGAAAACUAUAUUAGUGGACCACAGAGACCUGAGAGUCGUAAAGAUUGCGAAGUUAUUUUAAUGGUAGGCUUACCGGGUUCUGGAAAAACUACAUGGGUCUCAAAACAUCUUUCCGAAAAUCCGCACAAACGUUACCAUGUUAUUGGAGCUGAUGCACUAAUAGCUAAAAUGACGGUGGAUGGAGUGCCUCGAAAAACUGUGCAUAAAGGACGGUUUGAUCGUGUUCACGAACUAUGUUUUAAUAUUUUAACUUCCCUUGAGGAUAUAGCUGUCAAGCGUCGACAUAAUUUCAUACUUGAUCAGGUAAAAACCAUCACCAAUCACAUUUUAGAGUGUGCACGGGCUUUUAAAAAAAAGAAAAAUACAUCUAUAUAUAUGUAUAUAUACGUAUGUAUAUAUAUAUAUGUAUAUAUAUAUAUAUAUUAGCAUUUGCAUUAAAGUGCAUCAAACCGUAGCCUCAACAGUCGUAAAAUAAGAGACUGCAUCAUUUUAACAGGUAAAAUUAGUAUGUAAGGCUUGCUCCCGUUUUGAAAUAAAAAGGUAGGUAAAUCUAAUAUAGAAAAAGAAAAAUUUGUAAAGAGCAGUUGACUAAUAAAAAAAAGAUAUAUAUUAGAGCGGCCAAUUGUAAGUAGAAUGAAAUACCAUAAAAUUAAUUUAACUUAAAAACUGUCGUAUAAAUAAAAAAGGACUAAGAGAAAGCUAUAUUUUAUAUUGAGGCGAUAUCCACCACCUUAGGAAAAUAUGAUCGGAUUAGACGGUGUUUAGGAAAAAAAAAUUAAAUAUAGAUUUCAUUGUUUUCAGAGUUAUUGCAGUAGGUCAGCUAAUGUUUUCCUUAAUAUUUAACGGGACGAAUUCUGCUCCCUUGGGAGAAGUUGCAACCCUAGCCAAGUGAAUGUGGUUAACGCGAUUCAGGAGACGACCCACGUUCUUCACGUAUUCAUCGAUUUUGAAAUAUGGCAUCUGCAAUUUGCGAGUAUUCGCAUAAUCAAUAUGCUUCAAAUGUGAAAUUAUUGGGAAUUUUUAAAUACCACCUGAUGAGCCGUCUUAUCGUAAUAGCUUGGACGUAAGACGGUAACUUUAUUGCAAGCUGGCCUAAGAAUUUCUACUUUCAGCGGUUAGUAAAUUAGCUAUAUAGGGCAGCGAAGCUUACACACUCUUACGACACGAGAGUAUGUCCAAAACCGUUUGAUGGGCUUGAACAUUGGCAUAUUAAAUAUUUUAACGAGUUAGCUUUCUCACCCGCUGAAGUUGGCCGUAGCUCGAGCAAUGCACUACUGGACCUCCCGUUCUUUUAAUCACUCUACCCGCGGUUCCCUUCUUUCUUGAUAAGUCCAAGUCGAAUAUCGGCAAAUAAUAUUUCCUUUUUCCUCCUCCUCUCAUAAUCUAACCGGCAGUGCUAAUACAUGUGUAGGAAACCAUCGCUUGAGUGAUUGAUUAAAUAAAUAAGUAAAAGAUGCUUUCAUAUGGUUAUAUAUAUAUAUAUAUAUCAAAAGGGAAGUUUCAGUUCCAUCAUACGAAACGAGUUCAGACGGUUUUGCAAACAUUACGAACGACAUGACGAAAUUAUUGUACAUUCAGCCUUGGGUGGUCGAUAUAAAAAUUUAUGCUGAUAAAAAAUAUGAAAUGUUCGAUCCUCAUAAGAAGAUGUGCAAAAAGUUACAUUGAUAAAUAGAAAGAAAGCGUCAACUGUUGUCUAACGUUUAAUGAGCAAAAAUCAAGGUAUGUGAUUGAUCGAAUUGUACGUAUGUAUAAAAACAAAACCGCCCUGCACUCAACUGUAAUACAUAAAUGAAUCAAUAGCAAGCCCGACAAUGUAAUCCAUAACGUUGUUUUAAUGGGUUUUUCUCGAAAAUGUUGCAAUGCAACCCUGCCGGAAAAAAAAAAAUUUCAA